AUGUCUCCUACAGACCAGAAAAUUAAGGACUUCUGUAAGCUGCAGUACGCUUGCCAACAGUUGAACGAUUCCAUGAAAGUGAUUUACGAGCUUGGUAUGGACCGCGACGUGCUUCAGGAAAUGGCCAACGGUUCUAAUAAAGCCGAGCAGGCUAUUGCCAUGAGCCCUGCCAUGGCUGUUGCCAGCUAUAUGAAAUCUGUACAGCCUUCACUUGAUAUUAGUCAAGUGUUCAAGCACUAUCAAUUUGAUGCGGACUCUACGCCGGUCGAUGAGUACAUUACGUUAGCUCACAUCGCACCUCAGCCGGAAAAAUUUGUAGAAAAACCGUCGAAUCAAACUAAAGGUUCAUUCAACAAUGUGCAGAGUAGAAAAAGCAAGAAACUCGGUUCCAAUAAUGCGAGCAGACAAUCAUCCAGGUCCUCCUCCAUAUCUGGUAACUUAGACUCCCUCUCUGGACGUACCAGUACAAAUUCUAAAAGUUCUAACGGGUAUGAUUCUGCUAGAGGUCAUAGGACAAACCAUACAGGGUCAAAAAGAACGGGCUCUUUUGCGAUGAACUCUUUUGCUCCCAAUAAAUCCGCACCAUCCAAGCAGUUCUAG